AUAUAAAAGAUUAGCACGGAUCACCGGUCGAUUUAGUUCCAUUGGGUAGUUUUACAACGAACGUAGCACCAGUGAAUUGGCACGAAAUGAUUAAAAGCUGGAGCGUUUUGCUUUUGUGCAUUUGCAUAGCAUUGCAGCUAGUGGCUUCAUUUCCACAACCCGAUGAUGACAAUAAUGCGAAUGCAGUGCAAUCCUCGUCUGCUGAAAAUGUAUUGGGUUUGCCGCGGAAUCAAUUACUACUCGGCACGCUGGGUAUCCUCACCAAUCAGUCGCGUUUUAUCUUGCGCUCGUCGACCACCUUCAUGAAGGACUUAAUCAGAGAAAUGAAUGCGCUGCCAGAGAAGAGCAAAGCCAUCGAGCGGAAUAUCACCCGUGUGAGCAGUGUACUGGCGGCUGUCGAGCGUAUUGAUUUAGAUGCCAAGCCGCCACUGAUUAAUCAGAUGUUCGCGGCAGUCGAUGAGGUUGGCAAAAUCUACGAUGAGUUCUAUGGCAUGCCAGAAAAUAAUGAUACCAAAAGCGAUGCCGCCGUAUUGGAGAAGAUAUUCGAAAAGGUCGGUUCCGAGAGUUUGGAGAAGCGGUUUAAUGAUUCGCUGGACGCAACAUUGGACGAUUUCAUGAAAUUAUUCGAUAACUUUGCCACAUCGCUGAGUGAGAAGGAAAAGCAAAGCGAAUCUCAACUUCUCAACUGGUAUGAGCGUUUCAAGAAGGAGGAGGACGUCGAAAAGAAGUUUGAUCACUUGGAAGAAUUUUGGCGAUAUUUUGAAUGAAUAUUUUACUUGUAGUUUAUGAGUUAUAAGUAAAUAUAGUUUUUUUAUUGAGCUGAC